ACAGCGAGGGCAAGACUAUCGACAUCGAAAAGGAUUACAAGACGUGAAGAAAGUUGAAAAGUUUAGAGAGAGAGAGAGAGAGAGAGGGUAUGUUGGGCCGGCGGUGGCUGACGGUGCCAGUGGUGGUCGGAGUAAUAGGAAUAUUGAGAGCGUUGAGCAAUCAGUACGGAUGGGACAAAGACACAGCUCUUCAGCUCCUCCGCGAGAUGUCUGAUCGAUUGGGGAUAUGGGCGAUCCCUGUGUACGUUGGGAUCCACACCAUCACGCUCUCUCUCUGCCUCCCCUAUGCGAUCUUCUUCGAGGCUGGGGCUUCUCUGCUCUUUGGUUUCUUUCCUGCAGUGCUCUGCGUCUUCUCCGCCAAAAUCCUAGGAGCCUCCCUCUCCUUUUGGAUCGGCAGGUUUGUUUUCAGGAGGUCAAGUUCAGCAGUGGAUUGGGCCCAAAGGAACAAGUACUUCCAUCUGCUUUCAAGGGGAGUUGAACGAGAUGGUUGGAAAUUUGUUCUUCUUGCUCGCUUUUCACCCAUACCCUCCUAUGUCAUAAACUAUGGCUUGGCUGCUACCAAGGUUGGUUUCGUGGUGGAUUUCCUGCUCCCUACAGUAAUUGGUUGCCUGCCUAUGAUCUUGCAGAAUACGUCCAUUGGCAGCCUUGCCGGUGCUGCAGUAGCUUCAGCAUCUGGGUCUCAGAAAUCUCAGGUUUGGUCAUACAUCUUCCCCCUGCUUGGUAUUCUUUCGAGCAUUCUUAUCUCCUUGAGGAUCAAAAAGUACUCCACUGAUAUCGCAGUAGCAGAAUCAUCUUCUGGUGAGGACACUCGUGACCAUAAUAGCACUGUUGACUCCUCUCAAACCUUCUCAAGUGGGAAAGGAAAUAACGGCCUGAAGAAAAGUCAAUAAUAACUUUACUCUCACUGAUUUUGCAUUUGAUUUUUAUAGCUUGCCCCGAUAAGAUAUGAAGGAUUUUUGCUUGAAAUCUCUCAGUCCUUGUCUAGAGAACUUGUUAGCAGUUGGGCCGUUUUUCUCCCGCAAUCUGCUUUUUCCUGAAAGCAUUCAUUGGCACUGUGAAUGUAGUGAAACUUGAAAACAACAAAUAUGUAACGUAGAAGCAUGUGAAAUUUUCUAGAUACAGAUGUAAGACCUAAAACUAAGGAUUUGUCAUUAGUCGAUGUGUGAAUGACUCAUUAGUGGUCGGCAACAUUCUAAAAGCCAAUUGAGUUUGUUGAUGACGAUGAAGGAAUUUCAUCAAAGCUAAUUGUAAGAUGAUGUAGGAGGUUCAUUUGGGGUGUGUCCAGUUAUGGGUUCAAUGUGAUACAUGAAGACAGGAAAAAACCAAUCAAAUAGAAGCUUCCUUUCAAUCAUUGCUGUUUCAAACAAUUGAACUCAUGAAAUAAUAAACGUUUUUCACUGUGAUGUUA